AUGGACUCCAAAUUAGAGAACAAUGAAAUAGAAGAAAAAAUAAUCAUUAGAAAGCCUCCUUGUAAUUGCUCUAUUUUACAUAAAAUUUACAAUACAAUGAAUGCUGCUUAUAAAUUAGGGUAAUUAACUUUCCAAUAAGAAAACAAAGCCAAUUAAUUUUAAACUUGUGUGAAUCCUAAGGAAUGA